AUGCGAGCUUCAGCUCUCGUAUCAAUAACUAUUCUUGCGGCCGGCUCGACCUCCACCUCGGCCCAAGACUACACCAUCACCUUCCGAAGCGUGGAAGAGGCUUUCCCAUCACCUUCACCGACCAACGACUCGUCCUUCGUCUUCGAUGGCACCAACUCGGACAUCGCCCAGCAGCUCUACAUCCGCCACCAGGCCGGUGACGUCGAAGCCGCGCUCGAACUCAACUUCAUCCCGGCGUUCGUGGCCAAAAGACUCGACCCGCUCUUCAUCAGCUUCAAGGACCUCCCCGGACUCGUCCAACGCGCGCUACUCUGGGACUCUGGCUUCGCUAUCUCGCCCGACAACGACCCAGUGCAGAUCUGGACCAUGGAGAACUACACGAUGGCCAACAUCUCCGUGCCUCAACAAGACAUCGCCGAAGUUAACUGCACAAUGCUCGAGUGUCCGCAACCAAACAGCGAGCCCGCUUACUCCAGUCAAUACUGCACGGGCAGUCAGAUCCUCAACGUGUCGCGCUGUGUAGCCGAUACAUUCGAAGACUCCGGAGCGUCAGGUUACCUCGGAGUAAUGUGGUCAACGGGUGGGAGCGCCAACAUGACUCCACUUAUUCGGCUGAGAGAUCACUCGUGGGUAGAGCCCACUACGGGGGACGCCUACGAACUCUACGCUAUCCACACAGAAUCGAGCGCUGACGAUCCGACCUGGAACCAGUGCCCCGCUAACGGAGGAUACUCAUCGCUGGUUGUUCCUUGCCACAAGCGAAGCGAGUUCACGGAUAAAGAUAUCGCUGCCAUGACUAAACCAGCGGGCAGUAACUGGGUGACGAAUUGGCUGAGGGAGGAGUUCGCAGUGAAGAAGCCUCGUUUCAACAAACUGCUAUUGAUCCCGAUCAUUCUAGGCUCUCUGGUGACAGUCGCUGCUGGUGCUUUCGUUGGAGUGUACUUGAAGCGGAGAGCAAAAAGGAGGAACGGCGAAGUACCCGACGACUACGAAGCGUUUCAACACCAUUACGUCGCUGGGGAGUCCUACGACGCAGUGACGUCUCCAGUCAUGAGCACCGACCCAAGCUACGCAUUUUCUAGCUCCAGUCGCGCUGAAAACUACGAAAGCGUCGGCUCGAACCAAACCUUCAGGAUCCUGCUGCACAGUCCGCACCUCCACGGAAAUCGGAUUCCCUACGACAACCUCGUCUUCGAGUCCAAAUUGUCACGAGGUGGGUCAGGAGUAGUUUGGCUUUGCAAGUACGGAGGCCAGCAAGUCGCGGCCAAGAAGCUCCUGCUGACCCGAGGGGUGAAGGCGGACGACGUGCAGUCGUUCGCAGAGGAGAUCGAGCUGACCGCCAGCCUCGUGCACCCGUACAUCGUCAAGUUCAUCGGCGUGGCGUGGAACAACCUGACCAACCUGUCCAUGGUCAUCGAGUACGUGCCCAACGGGAACCUCCGGGACUACUUGGAGAAGAACAUCCGCAUCCUCUCGUGGGCCAGAGACAAGAUCCACAUCGCAAUCGCGAUCGCCGAGGCGCUCGAGUAUCUGCACAGUCGCACACCGGGGGUCAUCCACCGCGACCUCAAGUUCAACAACAUUCUACUGACCAAGCAUCUGGAACCCAAGCUCACGGAUUUCGGCGUCAGUCGAAACAUGAUCGACAGUACCAUGACGUCGGGGGUGGGGACGCCCUACUGGACAGCGCCCGAGAUCUUGGAGGGCGAUCGGUACACGGAGAAGUCGGACAUCUACUCGUUCGGUGUGGUGCUCUCGGAACUGGACACGGGUAGAAUCCCCUACUCUGACGCGGUGAUGGAGGACGGCAGCAAGGUAAGACCAUUCCACAUUUUGCAGGAAGUCAUGGCGGGCGCCAUGCGUCCAAAUUUCUCUCGAGACUGCCCUCCUCGUAUCCAGCGGAUUGGCGCGGCGUGCUUAUCCCUCGACCCUCGGAAACGACCCACAGCACGGGAGCUCGUACUGGAGCUCCUGGGUAAGUAUUAG